AUCUACGCUAUAAGCCCACAUCAGCUUUUUAAAUUCUUCAGAAGCAUUCUUUCUCACUUACUUUCUGACACCAUGGCAACUCCUCGCAGCGCAAAGAAGACUUCCCGCAAGAACAACUCAAGGUCGGCGAGGGCUGGUCUCAUCUUCCCAGUGGGUCGCGUUGGUUCAUUGCUUCGCCGUGGGCAAUACGCCCCCCGCGUUGGUGCCUCGGGUGCCGUGUAUAUGACCGCCGUACUUGAGUACUUGACAGCUGAGCUCCUGGAGCUCUCUGUGAAGUAUUCUACCAUGUCCAGUAAGAAGAGGCACCGCCUGUCCCCGCGCACUCUCACCAUGGCGGUGCGCAAUGAUGCCGAUCUCGGUGAGCUCCUCAAGCACGUAACCGUUUCCCAUGGUGGUGUGGUGCCAAGCGUAAACAAGGCCCUUGCAAAGAAACACAAAGGAGGUAAGCGCAGUAAGGUUGCUCACGCCGCCUGAAAAGACCUGAUGUUUCUUCUUUCAAGGAUUUCAUAGAUGUUUUUUUUCCCGAUUAUUAUUUUUCCUUUUUUAUUAUUUUCAUUUUUUUAAUUUCAGGUUCCAAAUACAAUUUCUCUAGGUAAAUGAUCGAAUAUAUAUAUAUAUAUAAGAAGGUAAA